AUGUGGAAUGAGAAGAAGCUACGAAUGGAAAGAGAAAUGCGAGAAAGGGAACUUGAGCUAGAACGUGAAAUGCAGGAUCUCCAACUGAAGCAGGAGAGGGAACUUCUAGAUCGCCAACUGCAAGCUGAACGGGAAUUCAUUCGGAAAAGGGAUGUAAUUAGACAGGAAGCGCAGUCUAGCAAGGAGAAAGUGCAAUGUUGGCUCAAUGAGCGAAAGCAACCGAAACAACCCACAGAAGACAUUCGUGGGGCGUACCCAAAAGGAUCAACUAUGAAGUGUCAAGCACCAAGAAGCUCGUUUUACGAGGAAGAGUAUUCCAAUGGCGAUCGUAGCGGGGGUAGCGGCUCAGAAGAGGAUGAGGAUGCAGUUAUAGAGUCGAUGCAGAAUUUGUCGAUAAACACCAACAGGAACGUACUGGGGAUGCGAACCGUUCGAGUGACGAAAGAGCAACUGGCUGCCCGACAGGCAGUGUCGAAACAUCUUCCAACCUUUAAAGGAGAACCUGAAAUAUGGCCACUCUUUAUCAGUAGCUUUGAGUAUACCACUCAAGCUUGUGGCUUUUCAAAUAUCGACAAUCUCAAAAGGCUACAGGAUAGCUUGCAAGGAGUCGCUCUUGAGGCGGUCAGAAGCCGCUUGGUCCUGCCCGAUUCGGUGCCGGAUGUGAUCCGAGAUUUAAGAAAUCUUUUUGGGAAACCUGAAAAGCUUUUAAAAACACUUAUGGUGAAGGUUCGUAGUGCUUCCGCACCUAGGAUCGACCGUUUGGAGUCCUUUAUCCAUUUUGGCAUAACUGUAAAACAGCUUUGUGAUCAUUUAGAAGCUGCUCAGCUCAAAGAUCACCUGAAUAAUCCAAUGUUGGUUCAGGAGCUUGUCGAAAAACUGCCUCCAAGUUACAAAUUGGAAUGGGUUAGGUUUAAAAGAGGUAAGGCGGCAACUCCGCUUAGAUUGUUCACCGACUACAUAACAGAAAUAGUAUCUGAUGUCUCGGAAGUCACGGAAUUUGCUGUGUCAUCACGGAAUGAGUUUGUGCGGACGGCAAGAGAAAAGUCUCGAAAAAGGGAGUUCGUCCAUCAUCAUGAACACGAGACGAAGAAAGCAGGAACGUUACCACUGGCAAGUGUCGGAAAAUUAUGCGGGAUUUGCAGACGCGCCGAUCACAAAGUUCGUUUCUGUGACCAAUUCAAGCAAAUGAAUCUGGAGGAACGUCUGAGAGCAGUUGAUAAACUAAAGCUUUGCCAACUUUGCCUCAAUUCCCAUGGUAACAGUCGUUGUACCUUUAAGAUACGCUGUACCGUGAAGGAUUGCGGUGGAAAUCAUCAUUAUCUUCUACAUCGGAGAGAGGAAUCCGUUCAACUAAUGGAAGUUGGAUGUAACGCGCACAAAAAUCUGUCGCGUGGAAUCAUUUUCCGUAUGGUGCCUGUUACGUUAUCCUUCGGGAAUUCGAGCUUGAAGACACUGGCCUUUCUCGACGAAGGGUCUUCUAGUACACUGGUUGACGACAUGGUUGCAAAACAUUUAAAGCUGAGAGGUGAACACGAACCAUUGACAGUAACGUGGACCGGUGGAAUCAAGCGACAUGAGAACCGCUCCCAGAAAGUUAAGUUGCUGUUAUCAACGGACGAUUGCGAUGAGCAAUUUGUGCUGCAGGGUGUUCGCACGGUGUCAGAGUUGAUGUUGCCGAAACAGAGUAUGCGAUUUUCCGAUAUAUCCGCACGGUAUCCCCAUCUAGCGAAUCUGCCAGUAGUUGAUCGUUCCUCGGAGGAUGCAAGGAUAUUACUGGGGUUGGACAACUUACACUUGUUCGCCCCACUUGAAUCUUGUAUUGGUAAACCAGGAGAGCCCAUCGCAGUACGUUCAACUUUGGGUUGGACAGUAUACGGCCCGGAAACGCAACAAUCAAGAACAGAAACGUUCAUAAAUCUGCACUCCGUAGCACCAGUGAGCAAUCAAGAAAUAUACGAUAUGAUGCGUGCUCAAUUUGUAAUGGAUGAGGUCGGUGUCACUUCGUUCGGUGUACCAGAGUCAGCAGAAGACCAACGUGCACGAGAGCUAUUACAGAAGACAACGGUUCGAGUCGAGGAAAGGUUUCAAACUGGACUAUUGUGGAGAGAAGAUGUGCGGCAGUUUCCUGAUAGCUAUCCAAUGGCUAUCCGCAGGCUGAAAGCUUUGGAGAAAAAGCUAGAUAGAAAUGCAGCCUUAAAAGAAAAAGUAGUCAAGCAGAUUGCCGACUAUCAAACUAAGGGUUACGCGCACCAAGCUACCAUAAAGGAGCUUACAGAGACCGCAGCGUCGUCUGUCUGGUAUCUACCGUUGAAUGUAGCUCUAAAUCCUCGGAAACCUGAUAAAGUUCGUUUGGUGUGGGACGCAGCGGCAACCGUGGACGGAGUGUCCCUCAACUCAACACUGAUGAAAGGACCAGAUAUGCUGGUAUCGCUUCCGGAAGUAAUCAAUCAUUUUCGAGAGAAACCCAUUGCUUUCGGCGGAGACAUCGCCGAAAUGUAUCAUCAGAUACGCGUAAAGCCUGAAGACAGAUCAGCGCAAAGGUUUCUUUUUCGGGAACAUCAAAAUCAACCUCCACAAACGUAUGUGAUGGAUGUUCUCACGUUUGGAGCUACGUGCUCUCCCUGUUCAGCACAAUUCGUUAAGAACCUCAAUGCGAGAAGGUUCAUAAAUGAGCUUCCAGAAGCUGUAAAUGCUAUAAUAUACCGACAUUAUGUGGACGAUUAUUAUGACAGUGUGGACACCAUCGAGGAAGCUAUUACAAGGACAAAAGAAGUCAAGUACAUCCACGAAGAAGGCGGAUUUUGCAUAAGAAACUGGGUUUCAAACUCUAGAACGGUCUUGGAAGCAUUAGGCGAGAAAGAAGCAAGUAUGACGGUGCGACUCAACCUGGAUAAAGACAACGAAUACGAGCGAGUCCUCGGUAUCGUAUGGGAGCCAUUGCAUGAUGUAUUCACUUUCUCUUUCAACGCGGAGCUGAAUCAAGAAGAACAGGCUACAAAAUGUACAACUAAACGAAUGGUGCUCAGCAGUGUUAUGGCUCUUUUCGACCCUUUAGGCCUACUAUCUCCAGUAACUAUACGUGGGAGAAUGCUAGUUCAAGAUCUCUGGCGAACGGGCUGCGAAUGGGACGAAUCUAUCGAUAGUGUUUCGUUCCAAAAAUGGCAGCGCUGGACGGAAUUGUUGCAGAACAUUGAAACACUUAAAAUCCCUAGAAGUUAUUUUGGAAGUGCAAGGACUUGUGAAAUCGAAGACCUGCAGCUCCACGUCUUCACGGAUGCCAGUGAAACAGCGUACGGAUGCGUGGCGUAUUUUCGAGCGGCCAUUCGAGGUGAAAUUCAAUGUGCGUUGGUUAUGAGUCGUUCUAAAGUGGCGCCUUUGAAGCUACUUUCGAUACCUCGUCUAGAGCUUCAAGCUGCUCUUUUAGGAUCACGCUUGGCCCGAACGGUACGAGAAAACCAUAGUUACAUCAUCACCAGACAGUUCCUUUGGACAGAUUCGCAAACGGUCUUGUCAUGGAUUCGAUCUGAUCAGCGCAGGUACAAACAGUUUGUUGGAUUUCGUAUCGGGGAAAUUUUAAGUUUGACCAAAGUUACGGAAUGGAAUUGGGUGCCGACAAAAUUGAAUGUCGCAGACAAAUUAACGAAGUGGGGCGGAGAUCUGGAAGUGCUGACGGAUAAUAGCUGGAUCCGAGGCCCGAUGUUCUUAUACCAGGAUGAAGAGUAUUGGCCCAAAAGAAAUUUACCACAAGUGAAUACAACAGAGGAGCUACGGGUCCAUUUACUUCUACACAACAUUAGCGUACCAAGCGUCCUAAUUGAUGUUAGUCGUUUUUCCAAGUGGAUGGUUCUAGUUAGAACCGUAGCGACGCUCUAUCGUUUCAUUUCAAACUUGAAAAAAAAGAUUAAAAGGCUUCCAAUAGAAACCUUGAGAGCAACAAAUACGCAAGCUCGACUAUCGAUGAAAACUUCGGCUCAGUCGGUUCAAAUACCUUUACUGCAAGCGGAAUUGCUACGAGCAGAGCAAUAUUUGCUGAAAGUGGCCCAGAUGGAGUGCUAUAUCGACGAAUUGAAAGUUUUGACGCGAAAUAGGGAACUACCAGUUAGCCAAUGGUUGUCAAUCGAGAAAUCUAGCCCACUAUAUAAGUUGACUCCACUAGUUGAUGACGAUGGCUUGAUUCGAAUGGAAGGACGUUCAGAGCGAGCAGACUUUCUUCCGUUUGAUUUACGAUUCCCGAUAAUCUUACCGGCAGACCACUCUAUUACGAAACUAAUAGUGCAUAGCUACCAUGAAAGAUUUGGUCACGUUUAUCGCGAAACCGUGAAAAACGAGCUUAAACAACGGUUCCAUGUUUUGAAAAUAAAUGCAGUAAUACGAGAAUUGCGAAAGACUGUAAUACGAGAAUUGCGAAAGACUGUAUCUGGUGCAAGGUUCGACGUAAUCGGCCCCAAGUUCCUAGGAUGGCUCCUUUGCCAGUGCAGCGGUUAA